AUAAAUUUUGCUCCAAGGUGCAGUAAUUUUCUCUUCCCAUCAGUCAUGGCAUUAACAAAAAUACAACUCUUAAUUUUAGCUGCAGCUUUGAUCAACGUCGCUCUUUUCAGCAAAAUGGGUUCUGCAGAUGAAGAUGGCCCUGAAACAGACUCACAAACAGGCGGUGUUCAAGGAUUUGAUCCGGCUCAAAUCGUUGCCAAAGCCUUGCUCUGUUUCAAUGAUAACUAUGUAUACAGCAGCUGCCAAGCUUCUUAUAGGUUGAGCGAGAGUGGUGAGCUGAAUGUUCCGAAAGAGAAAGCCGACGAGUUCUGCAAUGGUGCUUGCCUCACAGAAACACACCUUGUACUCAACUGUGUUGAUCACAUUUUGAACAACUUCAUCUUCUACAAUAAGGCCACUAUAAGAGAUGUUAGAGAUACUAUUCACGCCGGAUGUGGAUAUGGCCCUGAAAGAGGUGACUUCAACGUGGAAGAGCAUAUGGCUGUGACAAGCAAGGCUCCAAAGGCUGCAAAUUACCAGACUCUUGUCGGCUUUGUUUUGAUGGUUUUAGGAAAUGGAUUACUGUUCUGAUAUGUAAAAGGUCUAUCUGUUAUGUAAAAGGUCUUUUAAGUGUGGUAUGAUAUUGGCUAUUGUAAUUUGUAAUGAUGUAUGAUGACAAUUACCGACAUUACGGUUAUACUAGUAAGGGAUAUAUGCAAGGAAUUUUGUACACUUUUGGAUGCAUA